CUCUUGUAUCCUUAAAGUUUUUUUUUUGUUUGUUUAGUUUUCCCCGCAUUAUCUCGGCGUCCGCAGAGAGGGAAAUAUAUUUAUCUAAUUUUUCUAUUGUUUCUUGCUUUUCCAACCGUGAAACUAAACCGCAUCAUGUCUCCCCCAUCUCGGCGGCUUCAGACGAAGCCAGUGAUUACCUGCCUGAAGACUUUCCUCAUCUCCUACAGCCUGAUUUUCUGGUUCACAGGUGUGAUUCUGCUGGCUGUGGGAGUCUGGGGGAAAGUCAGCUUGGAGGCCUACUUCUCCCUUAUCUCUGAGGAUACCACCAACGCACCGUACGUCCUGAUCGGCACCGGAGUCAUCAUCGUUAUUUUUGGACUGUUUGGUUGCUUCGCCACAUGCCGAGGAAGCCCAUGGAUGCUCAAACUGUACGCCAUGUUUCUGACUCUGGUCUUCCUGGCUGAGCUUGUAGCAGGAGUUUCAGGUUUCAUCUUCAGGCAUGAGAUUAAAGAUAAAAUUGGCCAAGCUUACAGCAGUGCAGUGUCGACAUACAACGCCACAGACAGCAAGAGCAUUGCAGUCGACACCCUCCAGAGAAAGCUGCAUUGCUGUGGCAAGAGAAAUUACACUGACUGGAAGGACACAGAGUAUUUUAAAGAGAACGGGAUACCAGUUAGCUGCUGUAAAAUCGACAAGUGUUCCCAGGAGUCCCUGAAAGACCUGGACAAGGCUGGGACAGAAGUAUACACUACGGGCUGCUUCUCACUGGUGACCAAUGUGUUGGAGGCCAACCUAGGAGUUAUCGCUGGUGUCUCCUUUGGAAUUGCUUUCUUCCAGCUCAUUGGGAUCUUCCUGGCCUGCUGCUUGUCUCGCUACAUAACCAACAACCAGUAUGAGAUGGUCUAACAGUCACCUGUCACAGGUGACUGUUGGGCAGCUCUACGUGCAAACUGGGCUCAGAUUUUAAUGUUACACGUGUUAGUGUCUUUUUAGUAGGCAUAACUGACAGCUUCUACUUUUAGCGUCUCAUCAAGCAGAAAGUAAAUGUGUUAAAGGGACAUAUGAUGUUGUUUGACCAAAAAAAAUGAACCUCCUUAUUUCAAAGAUUGUUAAAAGUUGGUCUAAUAUGAGUUUCUUUAAGUCUAGCUGUCAUUAGUUAAGUUUCCAUUUAAGUUAACUUGUCAGUAUUUGUUUCCUUUCUUGCCGCUGCCUCUUUGUCAUUAAUAAGCUUGAUUAUAGUUUAAAGAAACUCUUCAACACCACUUGUGUCUUUCUAUGUGAGAUAAUGGGAGCCAGAGAGCUGGAUGAGUGGCCGUUGCUCUGUGCCAUGGAUGAAUAAUGUAGACAUAAACAAGCCUUAAAUGGUCUGUGGGCCAGUACUGAUGAAAGCCAGCCAUUAUGUGCCAAUUUCAGCAGCUCAGAUAACUCCGUUUUACAGUCUUCAGUGUUAGUGUUUUUUUUUUCUUUGGUGGAUGCAUGUAAAAAAAAAACAAUAAAUAAAAAUGAAAUCUUGUAUCUGUGAAA